AUGGAGCGGUUGGAGAAUUUUUUCGGUAAAGGAGACUUCGAUUUCGAAGAAGUGCCAGAAGAAGAGGUUCCAUCGUUUUAUCGAGAGGUUCUGAUCGACUCAAAUUAUCAUAGAAAUCGUUUAUUACCUACGGUAGUACGAGAACUUUACGCAAGUUUUAAAGAAGACGAAAGCGCUAGUAGUCCGAAUUUGCUGCCUUUUGAUAGAUUAACUCCACCUGUAACGCCUGAACACGUGAAAUGCCGGGCUGCAGUAUUUUCGAAAGUAACAAGCGAGUCGAAUGAGUCCUCUUCUGAUCAUAGUGGUAAUCCUGAAAUUUCUUCGGAAGCACCACAGGCGAUAGCGACGGAUAAUUUGGAAGAAAAACAAGAACAAAUCUCAUCAAUGCGUUGGUAUGAAUACAAUGAACAUGCUGCUGCAUGCUGA